CACAUUCAGAUGGAUAUAUCAAUUACAUCACAACCCGUGGAGGAUAUAUCAGAGGGAGCAGGUUACUCUCUCAGCGUCCUGCAAAAGAAAACGAAACACCAUGCCGAUCCUCAGAGGGGAGGACUUGCAACUGGAAUCACGCGUCAAAGCGCACAAGAAUGAGAACCGCUGAUGCCACUGAUGCUGUCACAAAGCCAUUUCAUACAAUAUAUUGAAUUCGUGCGUAAAAGGGAAUCACUGCCUAUAUCUAGAUUUGUUUUUACGAAAUAGACUAUUCAUCUUUACCAUCUUCAAUCAAGUAUCGUUUGCUAUGGAGUAAGCAGUCUGACUUUUAAGGACACCAACACUCAAGAAGUGAAGUUUGGCUGGAUGUAACUCAAGCCGGUGCGCACUCCGCAAGAACCGGGCACAACUGUACGCAGCAGAGUAGCCUAGGCCUACCUGUUUAGCUGUAUCCUAUAAUACUGUCUUAUUGUGCGUAACGGACAUGGAUCAAUCACAGCAUUUUGUAGCAAUGUACUUGCUGAUGUUGUCCCUUGGACUUAUAAUAGAAGAAGGGCUAUGCCAGCAUUAUUACCUCCUCCGUCCUAUCCCGAGUGACAGUUUGCCACUUGUGGAAUUAAAAGAGGACCCAGAUCCUGUCUUUGACCCAAAAGAGAGGGACCUCAAUGAAACCGAACUGAAAAGUGUAUUGGGGGACUUUGAUAGUCGCUUGAUGUCUAUUACACCACCACAGGAUAAAUACAUUGGCAACGAUGAGCUUGACGAUUUGGACAUUCAACAGAAGCCCAGUGGAGUGAUGCCGAAUGAAAUCAAAGCAAUGGAUUUUGACGUACAGUUUGGCAAGAAGCACAAACCCAAUAACAAACUUAAACGGAGGCUGCAGCAGUGGCUGUGGUCAUUCUCGUUCUGUCCCGUCAUUUAUACAUGGAACGACCUCGGCAGCAGAUUUUGGCCACGUUAUGUGAGAGUGGGAAACUGUCAAAGCAAAAGAUCAUGUUCGGUUCCAGAGGGGAUGGUCUGCAAACCAGCAAACUCGACCCAUUUUACGAUAUUGAGAUGGCGAUGUAUACAGAAGAAAGGUGGCCUCAAAUGUACUUGGAUACCAGUUCAAUACCCGAUGAUAACCGAAUGCAAAUGCGCCUGCUCGAACUGAAAUGACUGUUUUCAAGUAUAAAUUAUCAUGACUUUGUAAUUUUGUAUGCACUACCGAGUGUAGGAAUGUAUUUUAUGUAUAUGAGGUGCUAUUCAAUUAUAUAGGUUAUUGUAAAAAGUCAGUAUUACGUGUAACCAGAGUCUACCGUAUUUGUGGAAAGUAUUGGUUAUAUUUGUUGUAUUUAUAUUGAAGAUCAAUGGCGCAUAGGUGCCGUUUUAUAAACAUGUUGUUUUCUAUUAUGGAAAACUAAUCUAUCGACCUCAGAUUUCAUGUGGAUUAUGUUAUCUUGCAGCUGAUAUACAGCUGAAUAUCGGUAGCCUAUUUCAACGAUUUAUCAUGUAAAUUAAGAGAACUGCUAUUUAUUCUUUAUAUUCAUAUAAUAAAAUGU